AUGAUGUCCAAGAAAUACCUUGUUUACAUGGCUCAUGUAAAUGUCAAUUUUAGAAGAGCUGAAUUGGAGUCAUUAGCGGAUCUAUGUGGAUUAGAUAUUGAUUUUAGUACGUAUAAUGAAGAAAGUCCAUUCUUCGUUGUCGAUUUACCAGAUGAUACACAGGCCAGUAAGUGGAUUAAAAGAUCAGUUUUAUCUAAAGCCAUUUAUGAAUAUUGGGGGGAAGGAAAAAACUUGGAAGAAUUGCAUGAAUCUAUUAAAUCUCAACCAUUUCAUGAACAUUAUAAACAAUUGUAUCGCCAAGAUUCAUUUAAGUUUGAAUUUGAAACUUAUAGAGGUUCCGCAAAGGCCAACCGUGUAGAGCAAAUUGAAACUUUUGUAUACCUAGGGUUUCAAGGUAAAAUUGACAUGAAAAAACCGGAUCAAAUUUAUGCUAUAGUUGAGGAAUAUAAGCCAGUCUCUGAUAACGUUGGAUCAACCGUACCUGAAAAAAUGUUCUUUGGUAGGCUGGUUCAACGUAGUGAUCGUCAUGCUAUGGAGGUUUACGAUUUGAAGAAAAGACCUUACAAGGGAACAACAAGUUUUGAAGCUGAAUUAUCAUUAGCGAGUGCUAAUAUUGCACAGGUAAAACCUGGUAGUAUUAUGUAUGACCCAUUUGCUGGGACAGGUUCCUUUUUAUCUGCAGGUGGUCACUAUGGUGCACUUGUAAUUGGCUCCGAUAUCGACGGUAGGAUGAUUAGAGGUAAAGGUGCCGCUCACAAUAUUAGUUCGAAUUUCAAAUACUAUGGAGAUAGUAUUCAAUUCUUAGAUGUGUUGACUAUGGAUUUCACCCACAAUGCUUUGAGGUCUAACCUCAAAAUUGAUACCAUACUAUGUGAUCCACCUUAUGGUAUUCGUGAAGGUAUCAAAGUCUUGGGCGCUAAGGAUCCUGAAAAAUAUAUUGGAAAAGAAGAAGUGGAAAUUCAUGGUAAGAAAUCUUAUUUGCAUCGUGAUUAUAUUCCUGCAAAGAAGCCUUAUUCAUUGGAUAAUUUAUUAGAUGAUCUUUUACAGUACGCUUCUGAAGGGUUGGCCAUUGGUGGCAGAUUAGCAUUUUGGAUGCCAACCGCCAAUGAUGAAAACGUAGAAACGGUUAUACCAUUGCAUUCUUGUUUAGAACUCAAGUACAAUUGCGUCCAAGAGUUCCACAAAUGGUCUCGUAGGCUACUAGUCUAUGAAAACAAAGGACCAGAUUUCAAAGGUGAAGACAAUACAGGUAUAAAGAGGGCAGUGAGUAAUUUCAGAGACCGUUAUUUCGCAAACUUCAACAAGUGA